AUGCCUUUCAAGAGGUUCGUCGAGAUUGGGAGGGUUGCUCUGAUCAACUACGGAAAAGACUAUGGUAGACUCGUUGUCAUCGUCGAUGUCAUCGACCAGACCAGAGCUCUUGUUGAUGCUCCUGAUAUGGAGAGGUCCCCUAUAAAUUUCAAGAGGCUUUCACUCACUGAUCUCAAGAUUGAUAUUAAGAGGGUUCCCAAGAAGAAGGAUCUCAUCAAAGCUUUGGAGGCUGCUGAUGUUAAGAACAAGUGGGCAAAGAGCUCAUGGGGCAGAAAACUGAUUGUGAAGAAGACUAGAGCAGCACUCAACGAUUUUGAUAGGUUCAAGAUAAUGUUGGCAAAGAUCAAGAGGGCAGCUGGUGUUAGGCAAGAGCUUGCUAAGCUGAAGAAGACUGCAGCUUAG